AUGAAAGAGCUUGAAAAUGGUGUGCCAGCUUCAGUAAUUGCAAACACACUCAACGUAAAUUUAUUGACUAUUAAAAGUUGGGAAAAAAAUAAAGAUAAAUUAAUUCAGUGGCAGGAUGAACACGAUGAUGCAAUAUUAAAAACUAAUAAGCGUAUGCGAAAGAUUAACAAUGAUCUUGUUGACAAGGCAACUUGGAUCUGGUUCAAAGAAAAGCAAGCGGCUGGUAUUCCAGUGCAAGGAGUGCAUCUUCAAAUUCAAGCUCAAUAUUUCCAUACAGUCUUGAAAGGACAGGGCCAGUUUAACGCUAGUAAUGGAUGGUUGCAUAAAUGGCAGAUUCGUCACAACAUUCGUAGUGUUACGAUUUGUGGCGAGAAAUUAUCCGCAGACAAAAAUGCAGCUGAGAAUUUCAAGGUGGAAUUUUCACAGUAUAUUAAUGAACAAGACUUAUCACUUGAUCAGAUAUUUAAUUGUGACGAAACUGGUCUCAAUUAUAAGUUGCUACCUAAAACUACUCUCUCUUCAACAUCUGAAACUAGUGCAUCUGGUUUUAAGGGCAAAAAAGAGAGAAUUACUGUAAUGGCGUGCAGCAAUGCCUCUGGAUCUUUGAAGCUACCGCUCGUAGUAAUCGGUAAAUAUGCAAAGCCGAGAGCAAUAAAACAUCUAACAUCACUUUCAGUUUAUUAUAAGAAUCAAAAAAGUGCGUGGAUGAAUAAAGAGAUUUUCACCGAAUGGUUCCAAUGUGAAUUCGUUCCACGAGUUACUGAGUUUUUAAAAAUCAAAGGUCUUCCGCUGAAAGCUGUUCUGUAUGUCGAUAAUUGUACUGCUCAUCCAAACAUUCUAUCAAAAGAUAAUAUUAUCUCUCGAUUUUUUCCACCUAACACAACUUCUUUAAUCCAACCGAUGGAUCAGAGUUGUCUCCAAUGUUUGAAGCUACAAUAUCGUCAAAAGCUAAUGACAUAUAUUAUAGAUUGUGUGAACCGUGGAGAAACUCUUCAAAAUAGUUUGAAGAAAAUUACAAUUAAAGAAGUUAUCUUUUGGGCAUCGAGUGCGUGGGAACAUGUAUCACCUGUAACAAUUCGGAAGUCAUGGAAUAAGUUAAUAUCAUACAAAGAUAGCCAAGUCAAUACUGGUGCAAUUCACACAACAGCAACAGAAUCUUCAAGAAAUAAUGAAGAAAAUCCACGUAAUGUUUUAUGUAAUCAAUUUCAUGAAAUACUUCAACAGACGAACCAAUAUACGAAUUUGCAAGUGUCAGAUGUAAAUACAUGGCUGCAAUGUCCUUCAUUAAUGUUGCCUGAUGAGUGUCUUACUGAUAAGGAGAUCGUUGAAUUGAUUAAAGACGUUCAAAUUGACGAGGCAAAAGUUGAUAAAGAAAAUGCUAGUCUGUCUCAAAAUGAGACACAAGACAUUCCAAAUGCAAUAGUAGGUUUAAAUAAUAAUGUCACUAUUUUUGAGGCUUGUAAAGCUUUAAAUGCA